AUGGUUCGCCUCUCAUUUGCCGCAGCACUGUUCGCUGCCACAGCUCUUGCGAUCCCAAGCCCCCUCAUGCCGGACCCUGCUGGCGCCAAGAACGUCGGAAACGGCCGUGGUGCCCAGUUCAUCGGCGGUGCCUGCCUGAACAGCAAAGACUGCGCCUCGGCCUGCUGCGCAACCCUCAACGGCGCCGGCAUCUGCUCCGGACUCGGGGCUCAGAUGCAAGCGGGCAAGCAAGGGUGCGGCUUCGGCGACGGCGGCGCGGCUCCCGCCCCCCCACAGGGAGCCGGCCAGGCACCGCCGUCAAUGGAGGCUGCGGCAAGCAACGGAUCACCCGCGGGCUCGGGCGCUCCCGGGUCGUCCAACGUUGGCGCGGGCAACGGCCAGCAGUUCAUCACGGGACAGUGCUUGUCGGACGCCGACUGCGCUUCGGGAUGCUGCGCCGGUCCCAAGGGGGCCUGCGCCGCCAGGGCCGUUGCUGAGGAGAACGGAAAGUCGGGCUGCGGCUUCACCGGCGCAGGAAGCGCGGCCGGAAAUGCGGCGCCGCCAGCAACGCCUCCUCAGACCCCACCGUCGGCUGGCGGAGGCUCGCCCGGCGUCAAAUAA